UCCGCCACCGUAAUCGCUACAUAAACAAUCCAACAUUUGCUUCAUCGUCACCUCCCUCUCGCUUUCGCUUCCUGGACUUCGCACGACGCUGCGUCGCACGGCGCCUCGUCAACCGCCCUGACAAUGACGAAGGGGACGGCGAGCUUCGGGAAGAGGAGGAACAAGACGCACACGCUGUGCGUGCGGUGCGGCCGCCGGAGCUUCCACCUCCAGAAGAGCCGCUGCGCCUCUUGCGGCUUCCCUGCCCGCCGCAUGCGCCGAUAUAACUGGAGCGAGAAGGCGAAGCGGCGGAGGACGACGGGGACGGGGAGGAUGAGGUACCUGAGAUACGUCGCCAUCCGGUUCAAGACCAACUUCAGAGAAGGCAUUGAGGCAGCUCCGAGGAGAAAGGGAGUCGCGGCCUCCAUCUUAAAACUCAGUCACUGAUUUCAAUGAUGGGUCUUCGAGAGACCGCAACGAAGGUCGGAUCGAACCGGCAUGUCGAAACCGGCCAAGUAAUCCAGCUAAACCGAUGGAGCAUGCCAUUCCUGGACGUGAUUCUCGUACUGGCCUCUGUUCUGUUUUUCCUAGAUAGUUCAUGGAGUCUGUAACCUGUAAAUGUCCGUUCAGUUCAAGACGUUUCUCUCCCCUUUUGGGUUACAUCAGGCGUUGCUGUUUACUCUUUUACUCUUUGAUGUUGCCUAACUUGCCGCGGGUUCCAUGCACGGGCCAUGGCUGAGGGUAUCGAACCAUCCAAGAUUACAGCACUCAUUCCUAACGAAAUU